AGUCGUGGCGCGCAGCGCUCCCGCUUACCUCCUGCCAUCAUGUCCGAUACAAUCGAGAUGGACGACCUCUCUCAGCGCCCACACAGACAAGCCGAGACUGCAGAAACACUGUUGGAUGCAUUCAACACCCCGGACAGCGCAGUGUCGACGUGGAGCUGGGUCGCUGCUGGAUUAUUCAGCUUCUUGGCCUUCAUCUUGACCUUCUCCCCUCGUCUGCUUCUCUUCCUAUCCGAGGUCGUCGCGGAAGACGAUAGCCGGAGGGCGUUAACACCGCUCGAAUCCUUUCUUGCACUGCAUUUCGGCAUCUGGCUGGCGGCAACCUCCGUCGCUGUACUCUUGAAUAUCCCCUCUAACGACCCCAUCCCCUCACGAGAACCAAACACGAACUAUCACCCCCUUCUCGCACCGGUGGCAAUAGCUGGCGAUCUCACUGCUUUCUUGGCGUGGAAUACAAAGAGCGUAGGCUCUCUUGCUACCUUGUUCAGCGUUGUGGAGGGUCUUAUUGGCUUAUGGGGGACGUGGACGAUCGUAUUCGCCGGGACAUCGUCUAUAUCAAGGAAGACCGGUGCUGACAAGCACACGUCUUCUCUUUUCUUCGGCAACAAGAACGCGGCGUCCGUGCAGAAGAAGAAGUGGAAGAAGGAGCGGAAGGGGUACUAGCUCCGUUGAUGUUCCUUGUUGGUGCGCUUCCUGUCGUGUAGGUAAAUAUCACUUUGAGCGUAUCUGGAUGUAUCCUGUGUCACACAGGUUGUAUCACAUUUUAUCACAUUUAUAUAUCGACCC